AUGCUCACUACCUUCAACACACCAUUUGGCAGAUAUCGAUUCAACCGACUCCCAUUUCGAUUGAAGGUGAGCCAAGAUGUUUUCCAGCGCCAAAUAGAUGAGACCUACCAAGGCUGCAAGGGAGCAAUUGGAAUAGCAGAUGACAUCCAAGUGAAUGGCAAGGAUGAGACCACACACGACUUCAGUUUACAUGAAGCUAUGGAGAAAACCCGACAAGCAGGCAUCAAACUCAAUGCAGACAAGUGUGUGAUAAAAGAAAAGGAGUGCAAAUUCUUUGGAAUUAUAUACUCUGCAGAGGGAGUUAAACCAGACCCCGCUAAAGUGGAAGCCAUCAGAGACAUUAAAGAACCUAAAGACAAGAAGGAACUCAAGAGCUUCCUGGGACUCAUUCACUACAUGGGAGCCUUCAUACCCAAGUUGGCCGAUCACACUGCAAAUCUCCGAGAACUAAACAAAGAUGACGUAGAGUUUGAUUGGUGUGCUUCACACACACAGGAUUUCAAAGGAAUCAAAAAGCUCAUCAGUAAAGAGGCAACUCUGCAAUACUAUGACAGACGCAAACCAGUAACACUCCAAGUCGAUGCUUCUAUGAGAGGAGUUGGUGCAGCACUGAUACAGGAAGGGGAACAACCAUAUCCCUGUGAUAUCUGUGGUAAAUCAUUCUCUCGAAGCGAUAGCUUAACUAAGCACAAACGUAUUCAUACAGGAGAGAAACCAUAUCACUGUGAUAUCUGUGGUAAAUCAUUCUCUCGUUAUCAUAGCUUAGCUAUUCACAUACGUACUCAUACAGUGGACAAGCCAUAUGACUGUGAUAUCUGUGGUAAAUCAUUCUAUCAAAGUGGUAACUUAACUAACCACAAACGUGUUCAUACAGGAGAGGAAUCAUAUUGUGAUAUCUGUGGUAAAUCAUUAUCUAGUGGCAGUAGCUUAUCGAAACACAAACGUAUUCAUAUGGGGAGAAACCAUAUCACUGUGAUGUCUGUGGUAAGUCAUUCUCUCAAAGCAGCAGCUUAACCAAUCACAUACGUAUCCAUACAGGAGAGAGUCCGUAUUCUUGUGACAUCUGUGGUAAGUCAUUCUCUCAGGACAGUGGCUUAACUCAACACAAACGUAUCCAUACAAAAGAGAAACCAUAUUCCUGCGAUAUCUGUGGAAGAUCAUUCUCUUAUAGCGGUAGCUUAACUACUCACAAAUGGAUUCAUACAGGUGAGAAACCAUAUUCCUGUG